AUGAUAAGAAGCGAGAUUGGUGUUGCGCUUUUUUAUUUUAUACAACGUUAACGCAUUUAACGUAUAAACUUUUUUUCCGUUUCGUGCAUUUCUGAAAUCUUCCUGCCAUGACAGUAUAACCGAUGACAAAUGCAGCUAAAUGGGAAAACGUUUUCAUUAAUUACAUAACACAUUCCAUGUACAAAAUAGACGUUACUUCUUCACACGUUAAGCGUAAUGUAAACGUUCAAAGUCGCGUUAAGGACGACGUUUUCUUAGUGGAAAGUGCUAAAAUCAACUCCAUUUUUUUUAAAUUGUUAUUCCUUGGAUUACAGUGGAAUUUGCAAUUUCCAUCUGAAAAAAAAAAACAUUGCGGGGGACACAAACGGCAAAUACAUGUAGAUAUAUGCUGGCGUGCACGAUGUUUACAUGCUGUUGUGAGGCGUAGACAGAAAGUUGGCCAAAUCCUCGUAGGUACAGUUUGAAACCUGAGCGGCAAAGAUGGGUAGCACGAUGGGAGAUGAGGACGAUAAUGAGUUCACACCAUUUCAACCUUUCACCCGCGAUUCUCUUUUCCUUAUUGAAAGGAGAAUCGCUGAGGAAAAAACUAAGGAGGAAGAGUUAACCAAAUUGGCCGCGGAAGAUGCAAAUCACGACUCCGAUGAUGACGAUGAACCAGCUCAUGCAGAAGAACCAUUAAAACCCAACUGUAAACUUGAAGCCGGAAAAAAGAUACCUCCCACAUUAGAAGAUUAUUUUCUACCAGAGCAUAUCGGCAAACCUUUGGAAGAUAUAGAUGAAUACUACCUAAACAAAAAGUCAUUCUGCGUAAUAGGAAAAGACAAGACAAUUUUUAGAUUCAGCGCCACAGAUGGGUUCUUUUUACUCAGUCCAUUCAACCCCCUUCGUAGAUUCGCACUUUAUAUUCUCGUUCAUCCAUGGUUUAGUAUUUUAGUUAUGCUCACCAUUCUAGCUAAUUGCGUGUUCAUGACAAUUAACCACACAAAGGAAGUGUCCACUAUGGCAGAGUACGUGUUCACCGCAAUUUAUACAGUAGAAUCCUUAGUAAAAAUGACAGCGAGAGGGUUUGUUUUGCAACCGUUUACAUAUCUCAGAGAUCCAUGGAAUUGGCUGGAUUUUGGUGUGAUAGCCAUAGCGUAUAUGACAAUGUUUAUUGAGGAAUUAGGGAAUCUGUCAGCCCUAAGAACAUUUAGAGUGUUGAGAGCCCUCAAAACCGUAGCAGUAGUACCUGGUCUUAAAACCAUCGUGGGUGCCUUACUGGAAGCCGUUAUUAGAUUACGUGACGUCGGUAUUCUGACGUCAUUCGUGUUGUCAAUAUUUGCUUUAGUUGGUAUGCAGCUGUAUAGCGGCAGAUUAAGAAAUAAAUGUGUUUUAAAUACUGACUAUAAUUUCACAAGUGACGAAGAAUGGUUAAACUACACGAUGACUCCAGACAACUGGCUCAAACUUGAUUCGGGUGAAUACCUUAUGUGUGGAAAUUCAUCUACCGCGGGAAUUUGUCCAGGUAACUUCACAUGCCAUGAAAAAAUAGGAGAUAACCCAAACUUUGGGUUUACAAGUUUUGACAACUUUGGUUGGGCUUUACUCUGUGCCUUUCGACUUAUGACCCAAGACUUUUGGGAAAAUCUCUAUAUGCUGAUUCUCCGAGCCGAAGGUUUGCCACACAGUAUCUAUUUCAUCCUCGUCAUUUUGUUAGGGUCGUUUUAUCUAAUCAACCUUAUCUUGGCCAUUGUUGCCAUGUCGUACGACGAGCAACAGAAGUCGGACAAAGCGGACGAAGAGGCACUGCAAGCUGAAAAAGAUAAUCUUUCAAAUGAUGACUCCCUGUCAUCAUUUAGCACUUCAGAACCGAGUGAGACGAAAAUAGACAACUUGGUGGAAGAACUUGAAGAGAUAGUGGACGAACUUGCUGCUAAGAGUCCUAGUAAUGCAUCAAAUGCAAGCGAACCUCCGUUUAGUCCUGUAGAAGACAGUGUUGAUAGAAUCUCGCUUCAGUCAGAGAAGCACUUUGAGGACCAAAAUCUUCUAAGAGUUGCUACAAAUAAGGCUAGUUUCAGCUUGCCAGGCUCCCCUUAUUCCAAAAGGCGGAAAUCCAGAUUAAGUCUAAAAAUAGCAAAAUCACUACGUCAACAUGCUGAGCGACAACCAUUGGUUCCCGUACAUUUGGAAGCCCUAAAUCUGCCGUAUGCCGAUGAUUCCAAUGCAGUUACCCCUUCCUCUGAUGAUAUAAAACUAUGCAAUUUACCUUCAAAAUUCUCAAUGCUGGCAAGAAGAGCUUCCAUGAGGAGGGCUUUUGAUGAUUCGUCUCGUCGUAGUAGCUAUGCGUCCGUGACAAGUAGGGGUUCACAUAGGCACUCCCCUCAUUCGCCGGACAAAGACAAAUUAUCAAUGUUGAUGGGAGCAUUUGAGAGAAAUAAACAUCAUUUAUCUCCUGGUGUUUGCUUGGAUAAGUCAAAAUUGGAUGAAAAUGAUGAUUCCGACUGCGAGCUAAGUAAAAGAUCAAAGGCUUCAUGCAGAACGCCUAGUGCUUCGCAAGUAGAUCCUAAAGAUGUUAUGGUCCUGAGAGAGCUUAUUGAUCACGUUGAGGUCGCAUCAAGAAGGAAAAGUGGAUUUAGUGGAAGCAUAUUCAGCAUAGAGAAGGAACCUUUAAAAGAUAAAGUAGAACGAUUACUGUGUAGUUGGGAGGUCCCAAGAUGGUUUGCAAAAAUUCAAGAGUGGGUUGGAUUUAUAAUUCUCGACGCGUUUGUGGAUUUAUUUAUCACUCUAUGCAUUUUAGCUAAUACUGCUUUCAUGGCUGCAGAUCAGCAUGGUAUGUCUCCAGAAAUGGGACGUACUCUCGAAAUGGGUAACCAAGUGUGUUCUUAUAUAUUUGCUGCAGAAGCAUUCCUGAAGAUCGUAGCUCUUGGUUUAAUGAAGUACUUAAAAGAUGGUUGGAACUGUUUUGACUUUUUCAUUGUAACACUAAGUUUUUUAGAAAUGUUAUUAGAAGGCGUGAAGGGCCUCUCGGUCCUCAGGACUUUCCGUUUGCUGCGUGUGUUUAAACUUGCAAAGUCAUGGCAGACGUUAAACAUGCUCAUCAGUAUUGUGGCUAGAACUUUGGGAGCUUUAGGCAACCUAACGUUUGUUUUAGGAAUAGUCAUUUUCAUAUUCGCAGUAAUGGGACAGCAGUUGUUCUCCCAGAACUAUGAUAAAUAUUAUAUUGUGGAAACGCAGGAAGGACUUCCGAGGUGGUGUUUUAAAGAUUUUUUGCAUUCGUUUAUGAUAGUGUUUAGGGUAUUGUGUGGAGAAUGGAUAGAUUCUAUGUGGUAUUGCAUAAGAGCUAAUGGAAAUGUGUGCAUACCUUUCUUCUUGCUGACCUAUGUGAUAGGAAACUUAGUGGUCCUCAAUUUGUUUCUUGCCUUACUGAUCUCCUCAUUUGGGACUGAGAAUUUGGCCAGCGAUUCUGGCGAGGAGGAAGCGGGUUCACCAAACAAACUGGCAGAAGCUUUUAACAGAUUUUCAAGGUUUGGAAAUUGGGUGAAGGUUCACUUGAUUGUAUUAGUGAAAAGAACUAAAGAAGGUAAACGAGCGUUACCGGUGAAUGUUGACACGAAUGGGAAGAACGGGACAAUGCUCGAUGGCACCGUCAUUGGUAAUGGCAAUGUGUGCGAAAUGACGCUUGAUGAAAAUGGUCACGUGACUCCCACUACUAAACCAGAAUUGAAUGGGGAUACAGUGGAUGCCAUGCUGUCAGAACCAUCGACAAGAACUCCGAGUCGGGCCUCUGAUAGAAAAAGUUUGGCCUCGGAUUCCGACGCGUCGUCCGUGUCAGACGCUGAAACUCAAAGUUUGAAAAAAGUAGAGCUGGACGGUGAUCCGGAGAUAAACGAAGUGGAUGUUGAGUUUGCGGAAUAUCCCGAUGACUGCUUUUGUAGUGUGUUUAAAAGAAAGAUCAAAUGUUGUCGGACAGUUGAAGAAACGACAAUAGGAAAGUUCUGGUGGGAAUGGAGAUGCAAGGCCUACAGAUUAACUCAGCAUAAAUACUUUGAAACAUUCAUCAUCACGAUGAUCUUGACUAGCAGUUUAGCUCUGGCGUUAGAGGAUAUUUAUUUGUCAGAAAGGCCAACGCUAUCGUUAAUUCUUGAAUACAUGGACAAAGUUUUCACCGUUGUCUUUCUUCUAGAAAUGUUUCUAAAGUGGUUUGCAUUCGGUUGGAAGUUCUACUUUACAGAUGCAUGGUGUUGGCUCGAUUUUGUGAUCGUUGCUAUUUCAAUUAUUAUGGUUAUUGCAAAGGUGUUUAAUAUUGGAGACGCCGAGUCUCUGAAAGCCAUGAGGACGCUGAGAGCUUUUAGACCCCUUAGAGCUGUAUCAAGAUGGGAGGGAAUGAGAGUGGUUGUGAAUGCGCUCAUCAAAGCGAUACCAUCUAUUUUCAAUGUACUCGUUGUGUGUAUAGUUUUUUGGCUCAUAUUCUGCAUAGUUGGGGUGCAAUUCUUUUCUGGAAAGUUCUUUAAAUGUGUGGAUGAAGAGGGAACUAGAUUAAAUGCGUCUAUUGUUCCGAAUAUGUCUGAAUGUUUUGCUCAAAAUUAUACUUGGGUAAAUUCCAAAAUCAACUUCGACAAUGUGUUAAACGCCUAUUUGGCUUUGUUCCAAGUGGCAACAUAUAAAGGUUGGAUAGAAAUUAUCAAAGAUGCCGUUGAUAGUCCAGUAAAGAAAGGAGACCAACCGCAAGACGAGCAGAGUUUGGUGUAUUAUCUUUACUUCGUGUUAUUCAUUAUAUUUGGGUCGUUCUUUACCCUCAAUCUUUUCAUCGGUGUUAUCAUCGAUAAUUUUAACAAGCAGAAGAAGAAGGCAGGUGGAUCAUUGGAAAUGUUCAUGACAGAGGACCAGAAAAAGUAUUACAAAGCAAUGAAAAGAAUGCAGGCCAGAAGUCCAAUAAAGGCCAUCCCACGUCCCAAUUGGUUCCCAGCAAAUUACUUAUUUGAUCUGACGACGAGUCAAAAAUUCGACAUUCUCAUUAUGAUUGUGAUCAUGCUCAAUAUGGUAACGAUGACUAUGGAGCAUUAUGACCAAACCGCUACGUUCACCGACACCCUUUACUGGAUCAAUUUCAGCUUCAUCGUUAUAUUCACUGGCGAGUGUGUCAUGAAGCUGCUUGCCCUACGACAAUACUAUUUCAAGAUCCCUUGGAAUGUCUUUGAUUUUGUAGUUGUCGUUUUGUCCAUAUUAGCUGAAACUGCAAGUCUAGCGCUUGGAGGCUAUUUAGAAGAAUUUCUAGUUUCUCCCACCUUACUUCGAGUCGUUCGUGUCUUCCGAGUUGGCCGAGUGCUCCGUCUGGUGAAGUCAGCCAAGGGAAUUAGAACUUUGCUUUUUUCGCUCGCUGUUUCACUGCCUGCUUUGUUUAACAUUGGUUUACUGUUGUUCCUUGUAUUAUUUAUUUAUGCUGUAUUUGGAAUGAACUUUUUUAAAGAUGUCCAUGUACCUUACGGUGGUCUGGACGAUGUUUUUAACUUUCAAACAUUUUUUAAAAGUAUAAUAACUCUGUUUCAAAUGUGCACAUCCGCGGGAUGGGACGGUGUUUUAAAUGGUUUAAUGAACACCGAGGACUGUAAUACAGACACUAGCGGUGGCAAGAAAAAUACAUGUGGAAGUUACCCAUUGGCAGUGUUGUAUCUAAUAACGUAUCUGGUGAUUAGUUUCCUUGUUGUUGUUAACAUGUAUAUAGCUGUCAUCCUGGAGAACUUCAGUCAGGCGACUGAGGACGUACAACAAGGUUUAACGCCAGAGGACUUUGAUAUGUAUUAUGAAAAAUGGGAAAAGUAUGACCCUGAUGCAACACAAUAUAUUCCGCUGGAGAAACUAUCUGACUUUGUUGAUUAUUUAGACGAACCGCUGCAGCUUCCAAAACCAAACUACUUUUUGUUGGUGAAAUUAGAUAUUCCAAUUUACGAAGGAGAUUUGUGUUUUUGUCGCGACAUUCUAGAUGCUCUGACGAAAAAUUUCCUUGGGACUUCAGAUACGGGUGACAUUCCUGCGGAGGAAACUCAUGAUAAGAAAAAGAUUGAAUACGAUGUCAUAAGUAGCACGUUGCUGAGGCAGAAAGAACAUUAUGCUGCAAGAAUUAUCCAAAAGGCGUAUAGAAAUUACCGCGCAGCACACGGAGGCUUCCCUGAUCCACCACCUUACGAGGUUGCUAUUGAUAUUCCUGAUACUAAUACAGAGAAUAAUGUAAACAAUGAUAGACAAGGAAAUGAGGUAAUAGAAAUGCAAGAUAUUUCAAGUAAAGAUAGCAAGGAAUCUGAAGAAAAGGAGAAAGAAAAAGACAAAGAUAGUAAUGAAAAUUUUGAUAGAGGUGACACUGAUCAUACAAUAGUUGAAGUGGAUUUAAAACCAGAUAGUGACGUCGUAGCAUGACCGAAUGUGAAACAGUGAGGAAAAAAACAACUCUUGUUAUACUUAAUUCUUUUUUAUUGAAAAAGAGGAGUACGGUGAAUUGUGAUAUUAAUUCAAAUGCUGAUUUGAAAGAGGUUUCUGACAGGGUGUAUUUCACACAACGAUUUCUGUAACAAAAAGUAUGUCUAUUCAUAUAGAAUGCAAACUUUAAUGUGUUUACGGUAUUAGUAAAUUACAUGUACAAUGCCGUUACGUAGACAAAGGAUAUGUGGGCAUCAAAUAGUUGUUUCAGGUGUAAUUCUAAUGUUCUAAAAGCAGUCGAAAGUCUGUAGAAGUUUGUCCUACCAACUGACAAUAUGAACCGGACGUGUCACCUUUCCAACAAGAACAGCUUGGACAGUUCGGUGAUUGGUUUACAUGUUUGCCAUAUGCUAUCUAAUUAAAGUUCAAAACGUAAAGAAAAUGUAACCCAAAACAAAUGGGUUCGGAAUGCUUUUUUCCGGACAAAGGUCCUUUUCUUUCAUGAAUAUAGUAUGCACAUGUAAGAAUCACUGAGAAGAAAAUGUGUUUUGUGUCCAGGGCUUUUAUAUUUUCAAGUGUAUGUUACGUUAUAUGUUAUGUUAACACACGUCAGCCUCAACACCAACUUAUUUCAUUAUAUAUCUCAUAUUAAAUUCAUUCUCAAAAUAAGAUGCAAUAUAGAGAAAAGCAUUUCUGCGGUAGUACAUUUAUCUAUUUGGUGGGUUGUAAGAUCAAGUGUAUAUGUUAACUUUACCUCUUGUUACUUGGUUAUUUGACUUGCUAAAUUUUGCACGGCAAUAAAAUAUGUUAAGUUUUAUAUUGUAACGUAUAUAUGUGUUAAUAUGGUUGUUAAAAUAUCUUUUACGAAAGCGUAUGCUUGUUGUUUAAGCUCAUUUAUUGAUGUAGCCACUUUGGCGAUAUUUAUUCUACUAACUCUACUAAUAGGGGAAAAUGACUGUGUUGUGAAUUCAUCGUUUCUGGAAAAAAAUGAAAAAAAAAUCCAUUUUUUGAUGCUUUUUGCUUGUAAAAAGGUAGUGAUCUUGAUAGAAAAAAACAAGCGUGGUGUCGUAAAAGGGCUUUAUCUAUGCACCUUGUUUACAACAUGUGUCACUGUAUUGUCGGCUGUAUAUUUUUUACAAGAAUAUGACUUAUAUGACGUAUAUUAUGACGUCAUGAAUGUUUUUGAACUUCUCGUCUGCGCCGUAAACUAUAUACUGUAUGCUCAUAAAUAAAUAGUAUUGAUUCUUAGAGAUAAUGAUUUAGUAAACACUUGUCUAAAGGGUUGUCAUUAUUUGUACAAGCAAUAAUAGCAAAUUAAUAUGAAAAAGAUUUCUGGACCAUGGGUUGCCAAAACUACUCGUACCACCUGCCAGCAUGAUGCAGAUUUAUAAUGGGCAUUUUUUGUUGGGGAUUUUUAAGAUAUAUUGUUAUAUUAUGGAAAUAAGUAGAUCUAACUAGAUUUGCUAUAUGAAACUUAUUUACGUGUUUAACAAGUCAGAGAAAUUCCAUUUAAAAUGUUCAAUUCAGUUUCAAUACAUAUAAAAUAUUCCCCCAGAAAGUGUUUAUAUUUCAACAUAUUUUUGGUAUGGAAAGUCGUCAUAUGACCGUUUUAGUGUCAAUGCGACUACAAUACCUCUCCCCAACCAAACGAAAAAUUUAACACAUAUUUAAGAAUAUUAGCUCUUUGACAGAAAAAGGGGAAUUGUAUGAAUCAUAUUUGAAAUUGUUUACAUAUCUAAAAUCUAAAGCUUCUAUCAUCAUGGCGUAAUCUACUGGGAUUUUCUAUUUACUUUGGCAGUAGAGAUAUAAAUAAGAUAAUUAUUUCUUGUUUGAAUAAUUGUAGAAAUAGUCUCCCUUGUUUUUGCUACACACUAUUCUUUGAACUUGUUAAGCAUGUGAAUAUUUAUCAUCUGGAAUAAUAAGAUACAAUAUAUUGUACAAUACUUUUUAUAUACAAGUGUGCUAGUGGCUGCAUGUAAAAAUGUUUAUAUGGAAGAUAUAUUUAAAGUGUUUAAUGUAAACUGUGGCUUACAGUAAUUUUUGUCCUCCUGGACUUUUUAAUCUGUCAUCACCAUCAUUUUUAUCAUUGUUUUAAAGAAUAUAAGCGGAUCAUAUCUCAUUUAAUUCAUUAUUCAAAUUAUAUCACAUCAUAACUUCAAAUAACAUCAUGUCAUUACAAAAUAACAUCAUGUCUCAGCUUUUGUCAUGUUUUUCAAUCAAGUUCCUCCUCUUCUCCUACAGACCUACUUAAUUUCACAUUUACAGAAUUUUUGUAAUCGAAUCGUACAUUCUUUUUUGUAUGCCUUCAGUAUAUAUGUAUACUCAUGUUAAGGAUAUAAUGACAAUAGAUUUUGAUAAGCAGUGACCUUCAGUUUUUUUUUAAAUUUAUUUAUGGACAGUUAUUUAAUAAUUUAUUACUUAUUGUCGUAUGAGGUCAAGGGUCAACGUAGACUUUCUGAUUCAAGCCUGAUGUUUAUGGAAGACAAUUCCCUUUAAAUCUUAUGAAAGCCAAACGAACUUUAAUAUUGAAAUGAACGUAUUGGUGGAAUAUGGCCUGUACAUUGCCUAUUUAAACUAAGUUAAUGAAAAUUACGCCAGUCACGUGCAUCAGAUUAGAUCUUUACAUUUGAUAUUUUUAAGUGUCCUCCGAAUACAUUUACUUUUUUCUUCUCAUUUGAAUUCAAGAUAAGACUAGUGUCAUCAUUACCUGAUAUAUUUUGACAACAUUAAGUAAUAAUUGUCAAAACUUUUAAAAUACACAAAAAAGCGUUUGAUCGACCAUGAUUGAAAUGGAGAAUAAAAAGUGUUCUGAUGGAUUACCAUAUGAAUUAUAAACAAGUUUUUCAAGGUAUUGUUUUUCAAAUUUAUUUUAAAGUCAAUGCUAAUAAGGUCAACACAGUCAGGAAUACAUGUGAUUCGUGGUUUAAUAAAAAAAGCGUUCAAAAAACUUUGAUCAAAUUAAAUUCAGUUUUAUUGAAUUGAAUUCGUUUCAUCAUACAAAUACGAAUCAAGAUUAUUGUUGUAUACCAGGUACUGUAUCAAUAAAUAUUUUGAUAGAAAACGUAUUUUAGAUAGUCCAGUGGCAUGUCCAUCGCAUUCAUAUGUUCACACUAUUAUAUCUAUUUAUAGUUAUCUAUUUAUAGUAACACCAAUGGUGAAAUGAGUAUCCUGUUGUCAUAAAAGGGCAACAGUAUGCUAAAAGCAACAUCAUUCUUAUUCUUACUAUUACAUUUGUACAUAUGGAACAACAUUCAAUAAAAUCAAUACAAUACAUUCAACAAUUAAUCCAAAUACAAACUUUCCUGUUUUUCAAUUUAAACGGAACUUUCAAAAUAAACGAGCAAACCAUCUUUUAUCUGGGAUUUUUAAUAAGCGAACGAUUCUCUUAUGCGUUCAUUUCCAAACAAAAAUAAAAUGAGUCACAUCUUCGGAGUACAUGGGAAAAAAUAUAAUGAAGUAGCGUUUUUAUUUUGUGGUGUUCAACCUAUGAGAAUUUAGUGGUGUUGUAUGUGCCAUAUGUUAAUAAAUGUUUUAAUGUGUUAACUAUUGCGUUCAUUCUGCAAUUUUCAAAUUAUGCUCAAAUUUUAUUAAUUCAAUCAUUUUAUUCCAUAUUUGAUAAAAUGUGAUAUUACUGUGGUGUUGUUAUAGUCGUAUCUAUCUCUUUCAAGGCAUGUAUGUAUGAGUGUAUGUGUAUUUUUCAAAAGUUUCUAAGAAACGAGCUUUUCAUAAUUUGUUACAAAAUGAAACUUGACUUAAAGGCAUUUCAAGCCUCGAAAAUGAAUCUAUUUUUUUUCUCCUGCAGAAAAGGCAAAGGUGGGUUUUAUAAUGUUGAAAUAACGCAUAUAAAGCAUGUGAUGUCACCUUAGUGCAAUAACUGUUUAACUCCUUUUGAAUUUAGAAGGACUUAGCCCGUUACUGCACUAUGUAGAACAUGUGAUAGCGUUGAACGUGAAAUAAAUUAUGAUAAAGUAGCAAAAUAAAUACAACGUGGUAUUUGGACUUCCAUAUAUAGAAGUAUGAAUUACUUAAAGUUUACUUAUUGCCAGAGCGCAUAAAUAAGCAAACAAUGGCUCAGGUUUAUGGCAGUUAGUAACUUUUUUUUCAACUGUAACAAUAGAUCUGCAUAAAAAAAAAAGUUUUUGGAAAUUAAAAAUGAUAGCAUUUUUAGACUUAAUGGGCCUUUCAUGGAGAAUGGUUAGAAACAUAGAUUUUUUAGUAUUAAAGAUGCAAAAUCUAAUGGUUACAGUACGUGCAUGUAUAUCAAAACGUACAUAUUUUAUAUACUUAGAAUUUCAGAGUCUUUCACUUUGUAACAAAUUAAGAAACGCAUUUUUUUCUAUAACAUUUCUUUCUCACUCAAACAUAUUUCUUUAUUUUACCCAACUGUUUAAGUUUAAUGUUAUUAUUGUUUUGAUAUUAAGAUAUAACUUCAGGACUUUUGUACAAUGUUAUAGACCUUGGGAACAUGUCUAAUAUGCCUCUUAAAUGUUAAAGGCACAUUUUUAGUAUUAUAAAUUGUUAAAAUAUUUUAGAAUUUAGUUAGGUCUUAUUUAUAGCUGUUUUAUUAACUUUUGCAUGUUCGCCUGUAUUGACAAUCGGCAGUUUUUUUUAUUCAGAUUAUGUAUGUAAUGUUUAUUAUUAUUAUUGCGGCCAGUCAUAACAAGCGGUUACCAAAAUAACAUGCAUAAUUGAACGGAAACUUCCGAAAGUCAAUAGGGGUGUACAACCUAUUUUACCAAGCAUUCCUCGUGUAUGCGAAUGCCGUACCUACUUUUCCCUAUCUACGCGUAAAUGGUAAUAUCCAAUUCAAUGCAAAUUUUGCAAGUUUCUUUUACAUUCUGAUCUAUAUAACAAGCUACACGUAUAUCAUAGCAGUGUGUAUACGAACAUAUUUUCUAGUUCAGACAGUUUAUACAUAUGAAAUACCGAAAAAUAACCUAGACUAAAACUCUUUCUGCGACGUAAAGAAAAUAAAACCACAGUUUUAAUCAGUUACGCACUUUUCCGGUAAUUAUUUAACGAUUGGAAUUCAAAAACAAUAUCGGUCAAUUCCGACACUUAUUUCGGAUAUGUAUUGGCAAUCGGCUAGAUGUUGUGGAUGAGUAAAUUAUAAGGGGCGCCUUAAAUAAAAAAAAACAGUUCUUAUAUUUUAAACCGAUUUCGAUAUCUAAAAAGAAUCUACUAUUUUGGCAAAAAGAUAAGAAAAACAGUAGCAAUGAAAUAUGUUUAAACGUACGGAUAUGCGGAUAUGUUCGGUUUCAAAUAACAUGUAAUUAAAUUCUUGACUUUUUUUAUUUUUUGAUAUAUUUGAAAAGAAAACUCUGCUUACAUAUAGUUUGUUAAGCUUUUCAAUUUGUAUCAUUUUUUCUAGUAUGUAUACUAUUUUAAUGACCUUGAGAAGAUGGAAAUGUAUUUCAAUUUAUAUUAUUAACAUUAACAUGUUACAUCAUUAAAAUAUAUCAUGCAAGAAUGGUUUAUCUCGUUAUCUAUUUAUAGUUUGUUUAAGAUAAGCCAUUCUUACUCUUCGCCUUUCUACAAUCUGGGCACUUUCUUUUCACUCUGCUUCAAUAUCCGCUACCUUGCGCAUACGUCACUAUUAAUUUAAGUGUGACUGGGUAUAGUCUUGGCGGACCAAUCAGAAGAAGCGUCACAUAAUGGAAUUCCGGCGCAUGCGCAUUCAAAGCGUUAUCAUACCAGAAACAUGGCCGAAAAGACUAUCCCAUGAAAAAGUCUAUUAAUUAUUGCCGUGGUUAACUUAGUUCAUGUAGAUUUUUUGUAAAUAAAAUUUUACACAUUACUGAA